CUCCGGAGCUGAGAAAGAGGAGAGAGAGUGGCUUCUCCUCUGUCCUGUCGCAUCCAGCCUGUCCCGUCAGCUCCGUCCGCUCCCGGGCUGUCAGUCAGUCCCCUCGGACCUGACCCGGCCACGCCAUGAGCUCCACUCAGUUCAACAAGGGUCCGUCCUACGGCCUGUCGGCCGAGGUCAAGAACCGGCUCCAGUCCAAGUAUGACCCACAGAUGGAAGGUGAGCUGAGGGGCUGGAUCGAGGGUCUCACAGAGCUCAGCAUCGGGCCAGACUUCCAGAAGGGCCUCAAAGAUGGCAUCAUCCUAUGCACUCUCAUGAACAAACUUCAGCCUGGCUCCGUGCCCAAGAUUAAUCGCUCACAACAGAACUGGCAUCAGCUGGAGAAUCUCUCCAACUUCAUCAAGGCCAUGGUCAACUAUGGCAUGAACCCUGUGGAUCUCUUUGAAGCCAACGAUCUCUUUGAGAGUGGAAAUAUGACCCAGGUUCAGGUGUCACUUCUGGCACUGGCUGGCAAGGCCAAGACAAAAGGGAUACAGAGUGGUGUGGACAUUGGGGUCAAGUACUCGGAGAAGCAAGAGCGAAACUUUGAUGAUGCCAAAUUAAAGGCUGGGCAGUGUGUUAUUGGCCUCCAGAUGGGCACCAAUAAAUGUGCCAGCCAGUCAGGAAUGACAGCCUAUGGCACCCGGAGACACCUGUAUGACCCUAAGAACCAGAUUCUGGCCCCUAUGGACCACUCAACUAUCAGCCUGCAGAUGGGGACCAACAAGUGUGCCAGUCAGGUGGGCAUGACAGCCCCCGGCACCAGGAGGCACAUUUACGACACCAAGAUGGGCACGGACAAGUGCGACAACACCUCCAUGUCUCUGCAGAUGGGUUAUACCCAGGGUGCCAACCAAAGCGGGCAGGUGUUCGGGCUGGGGCGACAGAUCUAUGACCCCAAAUACUGCCCCCAGGGUCCUGCUGGAGAUGGGCCAGGGGUGGGCCCAGGGGACAGCCCCAGCUCUGCGGAGCCACCUGAGUACCACUAUUACCGAGAAGAAGAGGGGUAUUGAGACCGAGGGCUCCUCCCAUCCUCCCCACCCCUCCCUACUCCUCUCCCUUUUGUUAUCAUCUCCCCCUUGUGCUCUCUGAUGUUUAUCUUAUGUUGGGAGAAUUUUGUUUCCGUCUGAGUUCUCUCUUUGACUGUGGCCUUAGACCUCAGCUUCUCUACUUGUCAGAUGAGGGGCCUGGACUGGCUGAUCUAAGGUCUCCCCUCCAGCACUGAUAUGUGGUUCUGUGUAUUUGAAUGUCUCAUUUCCUGAGCAGAGGAGGCUGAAGAGAGCCAUGUUCUUAGGCCUAGAAAUCAGGGUGGCUGGGGAAGGAGUCAUCCCCAUCCCUAUAUCCUUCUCUCUUCAGUUCAGGCCUUCUCAACAGGGGUUUGUAUGGGGUUGGGGGACUGUGAAGUAGGAAUCCUUCUUAUCCCCUCCCAUCCACACCCUUGCCUGGGAGCAGGCCUGGCUGCCUCUCCAUCUCUCCCUUGACCCCCUUUGGGUUAGGCCUGGGCCCUGGAGAUGAAGGAGUAGGAGGAAAAAAGGGCCACUAAAGGGUUUCCUGUCAAUGGUGAGCCUCCUUCUUCCUGCUUAUGAGGUUGGCUGGUGGUUUCUUCACCUCCUACAAAAGAUGUUGAAAAAGAAGGGCCUUUUAAAGGGGGGAGGGGCAAGAGAGGCCGCUUCCUUCCUCUCUCCUCCACUCAUGCUCUUUUCCAUGGGGGGAGCAGGGAGGGAACACUUCCAGGUGAGCCCCAGCAUCCCCUUCAAGCUGAAACCUCCUUAACACAGUAAGGGACCAGAGUCUGGCUUUAACUUAAUGGAAAAAAAGAAAGACUCCAAACAAAAGAAGCUACUUUGUAUUUUUAAAGGGGGAAGCCAGCAGCUCCUGCCCUCUCUCCCUGAGUCCCAACAAAGCCCAGGGGCCCACUUUCCUCGGGCCCCUCCACCUUCCCCAGUCUACCCCACCCCACCCCACCUGUCGAAGUCCUUUUUCAGACUGGAUCAGCUGCCUUCCUUCUUGAACACUGCACAGUGGCCCUGCUGGGCUGGGCUGGGCCAGGUCAGCCUGGGUCAGGGGCUUUCCUGGGAGAGUUAUCCCAUCAGCCCUCAGGGCCUGGGAGAAGGACCUGGAAAUAAUGUGAAAUGGUGAUGUGGGAACACAGGCAAUAAACACAUUCUUUGUUUAAGAAAUGAAAAUAAAGAUUGUGUCUGAUGCUCAAAGGAGGCUGGGCAAGAUAUGACCUGGGAGGUCCUGGGAAAUCCUGGUCAGUGGUUAUUGCCGGGCACAUGGUGGUUGAAGAUCUGCCUCUGGGGCUAAGUGGGUGUCCUGGUGAACAGUGACACUCCCAUUGCUUGCUCCCUCUAGUUCAUUCAUUCAGUAAAUAUUUUUUAAGCACCUGCUGGAUACAGGGCUCAGUCACACUCACUGGGAGAUAAGAUGCUAGUCAACAAUCAUUAUGUGCCAGGUGCUAGGGAUACAACUACAACCAAUGAGAAAAUCUCUACUCUCUUGUCUAUAAAGAUAUAUCAGAUCAUAAAUAUCAAGUUAACAAAAACCUAUUUAUGCAACAUAUGUAUACUUCACACACACA